UGUUUCAAUGGGUAAGUCCCAAAAACACGACCAAACCAAAGUCAUAGUCAUAGAAUUCAAAGUGUCGAUGCACUGCAAUGCAUGUGAGAGAAGUGUUGCUAAAGCCAUCUCCAAGUGUAAAGGAGUAGAAAAAUUCACAACAGACAUGAAGAAACACCGUGUGGUGGUGACGGGUCAGAUCGACCCAAAGAAAGUGCUGAAGAAACUGAAGAAGAAGACAGGGAAGAAAGUGGAGAUUGUGGGGAACAAGAACAAGGGAGCAGAAGACGAACGUGAUAAAACGGAUCUGAAUUCGGGUCUGGUUCUGAUGAACCCGUUUAUGCACCAAGUUGAUGGUUGUUUAGACACCCGAGUUUUAAUCAAGGAACAAAAAACCGGACCGGGAAUUAAACCGGUCGAGACAGUGGGUUAA